CACUUGCUGUAGCAGAACCAUUGACCUUUCCAGAGCACACGAGUCUGAUGUUUUGCCGUAACCGGGAUCGCUUCAGAUAGAAAUCAGGUCCUGUUGGUACCGAGGUCGGACCGGAACCACAGGAUAGGUAGCUACUUCUAUAGAAUGUUCUUUGUGGCAGACUUCAAUGACAACCCAUGGGGGAAUCACCUCUCAGCAGUGUUGUGAAGGAUGGCGUCGGGGUUGCUGUGCCAGAGGCUCCCUUUGCGGGGGAUGCGCAGGUUUGCGGCAGUGUCCUGGAGAGCAAGAGGUGAAGAAACAACGGGCGGCCCCAUCCAGAUGAUCAGUAACCAUAGCAAUGAGGACCAGGAGGAGGGACAGAAUCCUGAUGCUGUGCUGCCCAACCUUCCGGGGUACACGGUGCCUUACAACCCCUCCGCAUACUGCCGAACACACCGGAGCCAGGUAGUAACAACGCGUAGACCCAGUGCUGCAGAUGAGGAUGAGCCCCCUGAAGUCAAGCCUCUGGCCUUGGGCUCAAAGCAGCAGCAGCUACAGCAGCAGCAGACGAGAAACACCUACACUGUGUCCUGCUCUCGACGGCUGUCCAAUGCAAAGAACACGCUCCUGGACCUGGCUUUUGGGAAGGCUGGUGAGAAUAAGCAGGGAGCGGCCGGGGUCAAGGCAGGCGGCUUCAGUGGCACAGAGGACAGAGAGGCACUGUAUGACAGCAAAGAGGAUCCCAGGGCUUUCCAGAAACUGAGGGAGGAGUACAGAGCUCUCUGUCACAGCCUCUCAGAGCUGCCCAAACCCAUUUCUACAGAGGAGGGCUUCCUGGUCCUGCAUAAAGUGAACGUGCUGAAAGGGACUCUCAGUCCUCAGUCAAUCAGUGAGUUUUUUGAGAAGCUGGGCCAGCUUCCCACAGAGCAGCAGGUGCUGGUGAAGUCAGACACUCGGUUUGCCAUGUUGUGCCGAUAUGCUGUGGAGAAUCUGCGUCUGUUCACCUCCCCUCAGCUGAUAAACAUCCUGAGAGCCUUUGUAAGGUUGGGGAUUCCCCCCACACACAGCAUGCUGAAUGUGUUCAAUUCAGAGCUUUGCAGACGGGUCUGGGAUCUAGACUCCACUCAGGUUCUGCUGGUGGGGGACCUGUGGCGAUGUUUGGGUCGGGCUGUGCCACAGUACUUGGAUCUUGCCUACAACAGACUAGGACUGCGGUGCAGAGAGCUGACUCUGCCACAGCUUGUACAACUGGUUUACCUCAUAGGGGAGGGCAGGAGAGCCCCACAGGAGCUAAUGCAGAACCUGGAGGUCCUGAUUCUGAGGUUCUUGGAUCAGACGACUCCUGAGGAGCUAGGAGCACUGUGCCUGGGCUUCUUCAAAUCCAAAAGUGCGCUCUCUGAGCAGGCCAUGCGCAGGAUUGGGGACAGAGCCGAGGCCAUGCUGGAGGACAUGAGCAACUAUGCUGUGGUGAACGUGCUCAAGAUGCUCCGAUACAGCCAUGUGGAUCAUGUGGGAUUCCUGAGGAGACUGGGAGAGGUGGUCCCAGGGAGAGCCCCCUCGAUGGGAGCUCAGGGACUCAUGCACAUUGCCUUGGCCUGCUCCUCCUUGCACUAUCUCGACGAGAGGAUCUUUGAAGCCAUAGCUGCAGAGGUGCCUGUUAAAGUUGCUCACUGCCGUAGCAAAGACACUGCCAAGUUGCUCUGGGCCUUUUCCUCCCUGAGCUACCAGCCCAGCAAUGCGGAAUCCUUUUUCUCCAGCCUCACGCAGCAACUGCGUGUGAAAGGUGCAGAGUUUGAAAGGUACCCUGAACACCUUCUGACUGGGCUUCUCGCACUAGCUUUUGCUGGCCGCUUCCCGCAUGACCUCAUAAAUCUCGCCCUCAGUCCUGGCUUUGUGAAACUAGCUGCCGAGUCCACCCAGCUAGAACUGAAGAAGGACCUCUUCACCCUGGAUGGCACAGUGGAGCUGGAGCUCCCUGGAUAUGCUGGCCCCCGUCUUCCAGAGGAAAUCUGCACAGAGGUGACAGAGAUGCUCUGGGGAUUUGCCAGCCAGGACGUGUGCCAGAAAGCAGAAGUGCGAGAGGCUGAGACCCUGCUGCAGUCCAUGCUGGGGGGCCCUCAGUACGUGAAGAACCAUAUGAUCCUGCCACACAUGAGGUCCAGUGACCUGGAGAUCCACCUGGACUCCGCAGGGAGAGCCCUGCCCUUCAACACACAGUCAGUUGCAGCCAUGGACCCGGGUACACAGCGGGAGCAGCGCAUCAGGAAGUGGGAGAUGAAGCACGCAGGAGUGCCCCUCACAGACGAUCUAGUGUCUCAGCUCCUGAAUGCGAAGAGCAGUAGAAGCACCCCUGAGCCUGCAGCUGAUGAGAGCGGUGGCGGCGGCCCCAGGACUUUGGAUAGCGCGAGUCCGACAGCAGGAGAGAUCAGGAAGGAGUUCUUCAGUGGUGUUGUCCUGACUGAGGGUCUCCUGGAUGCCAUGACAGGGUCUUCCAGCUCCAUACCCCACCUCUCCCCCCCAGCAGAGCCCCUCUCUCCCCUCCCCGGAGUGCGCAGACUGGCGGUCCAGGUCUCGAACCGGAACCAGUUCUGCUACGGGUCCCGUCACCUCCUGGGGCUUCAUGCCAUGAAGAGACGGCAGCUGAGCCGGGCUGGCUACACAGUGCUGGAGCUGCCCUUCUGGGAGUGGUUCCCUCUGCUCAGACGCACACGCUCUGAGAAACUCGCCUAUCUCCAUUGCAAGCUCUAUGGGGCCCUUGACUAAACAGGCACAAAAAACACCUGCCUUCCAGUGUCAGGGAAUAAGCCAUUCCAGGGUUUACUCUGAUACAAAUUCAAAUGGCUGUGCUGUAGACAUGCCACUGAUCGCCUCUGAUUUCAUAUACAGUGUAGAAGCUUCAUGUCUUUAUUUCAAAAUGAUGACCAUAUAAAGGGGGUAUUGUAGCCAAUGCAUAUUCUGAGCAAAGUCUAAGAAUAAAGAACAUGAUAUGUA